GCGUGGACGUGCAACCAUGUGCAUGUCGUUUAACCUCCAUUGUGAAACAUAUCCGAGUAUAUUUGAUCAUCUUCGAUAUAUCUUGAAUUAAUUUUUUACAAUGGGAAAGCAAAAGCGGCAGCGGCAUAAGCCUCACAAGGAAAACCCCACUGGAUUGCCAUCCGUCAAAGAAUUUGAAUUAAGUGAGGGAAUUACGGAGGGAGCCAAAGAGAAAGUUUUGCAGAAUGCUUAUGGAGAUGUUCAGUCGUGCAAUCUUGAAGAGAAAUUAUCUGCUUUGCAAAUAUUGGCGUCAAUGUCAUGUGAUUCUUCUAUGGCCAAGCAAAUUGCUAAAGAUGGAAUAGCAAAAAUAAUUGGACCGCUACUGAUGGAUCGUAAUGCCGCUAUACAAGCCAAUACUAUACAUACUCUAAGAGAUAUUGCUGAAAAUGGUAGGGAAGAUGCUUAUAAUGAUUUAAUUAAGGAUGAUAUUAUGACUCCACUGACUGCAUUCUUGAAACAGCAUUCAGAUUGGGAGCCGAAAAAAGCAAGAGAAGAGAAAGAGACAUUUAUUCAGGCAAUUGAUUUAUUGCGAAUAUUAUGUGCAAAUAAUGAAAUUGCACUUAAGUGUGUCAAUGAGGAGGAUUUAGUCUCAUUUUUAAUCAAAUUUUUAGAUAUUAACAUUUAUGGAAUGGAAAUUGUUACAAUUGCUACGCAAUGCAUGGUAUGUCUAUCGGAUGAGAAUGACAUUGCUAUUAAGAAAAUUAAACAGAGUCAGUCAAUUUUAUUUAAUCUACUGGAUUUGAAAAUGGAUGAUGAAAAAACUGCCUCUAAAAUGCUGGCCUUAAAAACUUCUGUAGCUAAUCUAUUAAUCAAUAUAAAUAAUUAUGCAGAUAGUAAUCAGAUGCAGAUGUUUUGCAAAAUGUUAUUGAUACUUUCUGAAGUACUUGCUGUUGAUCAUAAACAAGUGUUGGCUUGUUUAAUAUCUAUUUUGCCUCAUGAAAAUAAUGCUGCCUCGAACGAUAAAAGGAAAAAGGUACAAGAAAAUAGAAAGAUAUUGGAGUCACAAGAACAAGCUUUGCAAAUUCUAGCAAACUUAUGUUACGAAGACGAAGACAGUGACAGUGACAUCGAUUCUGACAUUGAUAAUCCUGAAACAAUAGACAUAGAGUCUGAAUGUUUGGAUGAUGAUUCUAUGAAUGACAAUUUGAAAAUAACGUCGACAUUUCCAGUAGAACUGAUUGAAGUUGUAAGCAAUUGUAACUUAAUUGAUAAAAUUUGGGAUAAGACUGAACUCGUAGUAGAUAAAGACAGCCAGGAAAUAUUGAAUCAAACCACGGAAGGUAAAGCUGUAAUAAAACAGUUUCAUGAUAUUCGAUGCGCAGCUUAUUUGUGUCUAAACAAUUUAUUAUCCAGCAUAGAAAUCGACGUUUUUGGUGGAAUUGAUAAUUUGUACAGGAAGUGGCUGGAAAUCGGGACGGCCAUAUUUAAGGACGUCACUUCGAACGAUAUAGAGCUGCUGGAAGCGGCUACCGCUGCUAUGAGAGCCAUUCUUCAACAAUUGGCAGAAGUGCGGGCGAACGUUUUUAAACAAUUAACUGUUGACGACUGUCAGCCGAUGUUAAAUGGUGUACGUCAAUGUUCCAACGCGAAUGUCCGCGUCAACUUGAUAAGGAUGCUCUGCAAUUUGGUACAGAUCCUAAUGAAUAACAAAAAUUCCGAAGAUUACGAAAUGAUAAAGUUUAUUUCCACGUUCUUAUUGAACAUCUGUACAACGGAGACUCAAGCGUGGAUUAUAGCGGAAUCUAUAGACGCAAUUAUGGACAUAUAUGCGGAGGACGAGACUGAUUGUUUAGCAGCAGAAAUCGAAUUGGUGCCAAAAUUGUUAUCUAUAAUACCACACUUUAAGAGCAAAGUGCGACAGCAGAAAAAACAAUUAAAAGAUAACAUGUCAGUGGUAUCAACUGUAAAUGCAAACUUAACAAGGUUUAUAAAAUAUAAACAGAAACAAAUAAGAAAUCUUAGACAAAAGAGUUAAAAAAACUCUGUUAAACGGUUAUUUAAAUGAAUUAUAGAGAUCAUGUGAUUGGAGCUAUUUUUACAAUAAAUAAUUUAUUCAA